AUGACGACCAACAACAAAGAUGCGUUGGAUCCCGCGCUUCUGCGAAGCGGCCGCAUCGACUAUGAGUUGGAGUUCCGCGCCGCGGUGCCGGAUCAGAUCCAUCGGCUCUUCACCAGGUUCUACUCCGACUUCGGAGAGAAGGACCAAACCGCGACUGGUGAAGUGAGCGCCAGCAAAGGCACCGCGAGCACGGAGCAGCUGGCGGCGCAGUUCGCGGAGCGGCUCAAGGCCAGUGAGCGGAACUUCACCACUGCGGACAUUCAGAGGCAUCUCAUGAAGAGGAAGAAGAGCCCCGAGCGGGCGGUGCAGGAGGUUCAAGAGUUGCCGCUCGGCUGA